UUUUGACGGUAGCGCACAAAAAAUAAUGUAAAUAAGUUUUAGCUCCCCUUUUCUGUGGAUCUUUGGGUCAUUCCUAUCGCCUCUUAAGAACGCUGAAAACAGCAACAACACAUUCAUCAUUGUAGGUAUUAACAGCAGCUGCUUCAGUUUGCCAAUACGGCUCAACUCAAUCGACAUAAUAGCUUUUAUCGCUCAACAAACGUUAAUCGCAGAGUCAGCGACUAUGCCACGAAACAGCAAUAACAUUGGUAGGGCAAAAAAAAUAGUUGUAAAUGUGAACAGCAACAGAAGCCGCAGAAUCAAAUUUAGCCAUUAAAGUAAAACGAUACGCAAUUGAUAUUGGAUUGAAUUUAAUCAGGAAUUUGAAGAAAGCAAGCUGUUAGAAGAUCAUAAUGGCGAAAAUGGUGCCUGAUGUGGUUAUUUGUGGUUUUGUGAUUACGGCACUAUUGCUGAUACACUUCUUUUCGGAUAUAUUGCGCCUUUCCUUAGGCGGUUAUUACACACAUGCUACCCUCUCACAACUUGUCGAGUCACACUCCAACAAGGAAUAUUCAUGGUUGUUGAAACUUAUGGCCAAUUGUUUUGGCUACAGUUGUGUUUUUGUACCUGGUUAUCUAAUUUACAAAUAUGUUGUACGCACAAAAUACCUGGAGAAGAGUGAAAAAACUUGCAUUUAUACCGCGGUUAGUAUGUGUAUCACUGGUAAUCCUGGUACUGAGCUCGACUAUUCCGAGCCCAUGGAGCGCAAGCCCAUGGACCCAUUGCCACCGUCACCUGGACCACAGAAACGUACAACAUCGCAGGACACAUUACUACUUUUCUGGUGCUUUGGUGGGCUCAUGGUCUCGUACUUAACUUGGGGUGUAUUGCAGGAGAAAAUUAUGACACAACAAUACUUCAACUCCGAAGGUCAGCCAACACAUUUUAAAGACUCGCAAUUUCUUGUCUUUUGUAAUCGCCUUUCUGCAUUCAUUUGCGCAAUGGUAACACUACGUAUCAAAACACCAUCCAAUAGACAUUGUACACCACUAUAUAAGUACUCGUUUGCUUCCUUCUCGAAUAUAAUGAGUGCUUGGUUCCAGUACGAGGCACUCAAAUUUGUAAGCUUCCCUACACAGGUGUUAGCAAAGGCAUGCAAAAUUAUACCCGUCAUGUUAAUGGGUAAAAUUAUAUCAAAAAACAAAUACGAUUGGUAUGAGUACGUAUCAGCUAUAUUGAUAUCGUUGGGUAUGAUCUUUUUUAUGACCGGCUCAGCAAGCGGCAGCAACACAAGCAGUGUAACAACAUUCACCGGCAUUUUCCUGCUAACAAUGUACUUAACUUGCGAUAGCUUUACAGCAAAUUGGCAAGAUGAACUUUUCAAGAAUUACGAAAUGUCAUCACUACAAAUGAUGGCAGGUGUCAAUUUAUUUUCAACAAUAUUUACAACGACUUCGUUAUGGGUGCAAGGUGGUUUUAUGGAUUCAUUGGCAUUUGCCAGCGAGCAUCCAAAAUUUGUACUCGAUGCACUAACAAUUUCGCUGUGUUCGGCGGUGGGUCAAUUAUUCAUUUUUUAUACAAUAUCGAAAUUUGGUGCAGUUGUGUUUACCAUCAUAAUGACGUUAAGACAGGCCUUUGCAAUAUUGCUUUCCUGUUUGAUCUACAAGCACAAAAUUUCUGUGUUGGGCAUCUUCGGUAUAUUAGUUGUAUUCUUUGCGGUCUUUAUGCGUUCCUACGGAAAACAACGCAUGAAAGCGAUAAAGAAACGAGCAGAAGCACAUAAACCAAAAAUGGGCGCAUAAUUCAUACUUGAGGGAGAGUAUUUGUUUUUAAAUAGUGACACUAGUAUGAAUGCGGCUAUGGAUUGCUUACGAAAAUGAGAGGCGUAAAUCAGCAUAAAUUAGCUCUUAUCAACACAAACACCAUGUCUUUAAUCUUUAAAAUAGCAAAUUGCAAACAUGUGCAAAUAUACAAUAUUCAUCUUCACAUUCUAAUACAUAUAUGUAUAUAAAUGUCUACAGUUUAUAUUCUUGUUCACAUCAAAAUGCAACUUAAAUGUUGAAAAAUAUACAGUACGUAAAACGAAUGCAAAACGUUAAAGAACAUAUAUAUUUUUGUAUAUAUAAUAUAUAUGUAUGUGUUGUUACAUAUAAUGAAAUAUUUAAAA